AUGGCUCCUGCGAUCAGCACUUCAGUUCCUGACAACCAAGCUACUCUUCCAACCCUUCCUGCUCGUCUAAACCAAGCUCGUAAAUACUUGCUCAGCAAAGGUCUCUACCUAGGUGACACAAGCACUUCGAACAAUGACGCCGCUGACACCGAUGACACUGGGUUGCUCUCUGCCGACACUCUCGACAUUCCCGAAGAGGCCAUUCUCAGUAUGGUCGGAACUGUUAGCAACAACGACUACUAUCUCACGGCUGACACUGGCUUUCGUGGGAACUCAGAAUUUCAGACAACGUUCGCCAAAGUCAAAGCCAGCGGCACAGUGGAGGUGCCGAUCGAACAUCUGUUUGCUGUGGAUUUCCCCAUAGUCCUCAAGAACAUUGCCUCUAUUUGUGGUGCCAUGGUCACUCCUGGCUUCAAGAACAAGAAGGGCAUCUGCGUUGGACUGGGAGGCAGUAGGGUCAAGAUACGCCAUGCAUUGUUCGAGCCCAAGGCUGCUACAGAUGGUGAUGAAGCCGACGCCGCAGAGGAUGAUCAAGCCGGGCUUGAUGACAUUGAUGCUCAGAAGAAGAACACAGCAAAGAUUCUCACUCUCGAGAACUGGCCCGUCAAAUCCAAGGCGGCUGCAGAGCAGUUGGAGGAGAUGAAGGGUUGUUACCAUGCCGUCCUCAUUCCGGCAUACGACAUGCACGGUGAGCUCAUCCACUCAUCCUUCUAUCGGCAUCGCCUUGAAGGGGCUCUUGUAGCAGUGCGCUUCACACUGACCCACUGGGCGAUCAAGAAUGGCAACUCGGACGGUACUGACAUCUACACUGCGGAUAUCGUGAACAUUCGUGUUCUUGCUCCACCGAAGCCCACGCUUGUCACUCCGCGAAAGCAUGGCCGUGUCCCGGCGUUUGAUUCCAUGUCGCCGCUGCCUCUCGAGAAGAAGCGUUGUCUUUUCGAGUAA